AUGCAGGCAGCAGCAGCUGCGGGGCCUGGUGAGGAGACCAUGGGCGCCUCAACCUCCUGGGGCCUGCUCGCCAGCGUCCCAGCUCCCCACUGCGAACCACAGGAGGCUCCAGGCCUGAACCAACUGCCCAUUGAAAUGCUCCAGAAGGUGCUGAGCUACCUGCCUCCAAGCACGCUGCUCCGGCACUGCCACUGGGUGUGCCAGCACUGGCGAGACCUGGUGGACGGCUGGGACCUAUGGCGGAGCAUCCUGCCCUGGAAACACCCCGACCUGUGGCCCGUCAUCCUCACCUGCCUGCCCCCUGCUGACGACAUGGGCCUCAUCCUGCAUCCUGGGCCGCUUCUGCGAGCUCAGACCCACAGGACGCAAGCUCACCACGAACACCUGGGGCAAAGACCUCUGGAACUGUAUGAUGCUGAAUGGUGUUGGUACAAGGGAGAAAUUUCAGACCUGGAGGAGGAGGGUCUGUGUCAGGAACUCCUGGAUAGUGGAAAGAUUUGGAUUUCUGUCUGUCGCUGCUGGACAGAACAACAAGGCAGUGAUCGGACGUAUCAGGUAGUUGUCAAGCUUCUAGAUGCCAACUAUUCCAUCUCGCAUUAUUUCUUCCAUAAACAUUUUUCCAUCCGGCUGCGGACAGGCAGUUUCUCCUUUCGGAUCAUGCAUGCAUUCACCAGCAUCAAGAAGGGCGUCCACUUUGUGUUGUUUGACCACAGUGUCAAGGGCUAUGAUUCAUGGCCUGAGCAGUGUGGAGUCUGCAGGCCCCAAUUCAGUGUCAUCAUACGGAUCCAUCCCUAG